UUCAAGCAUCGUCUUGCCGCAUUUAAAAUUGUAAUCUUGCUGAGUCAGUCAAUAAACUAGAUUUAUUGUACAAAAUGGAUGAAUUAACAAAACAUUUAGGAAAAAUCAGGGUACCUGGGCAUAAUGAUAAAAUUUACAAAGACGAAUGUGUUUUGUCUUUUGAUACUCCAGAAACUCCAACUGGUUUGUAUGUGAAUCUAACAACUUUUCUGGGAUUUGGUGCUGAUUAUGUAUCAAAGUACUUUCAACAUAUCGGAAAUGCAGUAUUUUUACAUAUCAAAAGAACAAAGAAUGAAGUAUCAGUAGAACAAACAGAUGAUGGUCCUGAUAAGAAAAUCACACGUCUUGCUAUUGGAACGCCUGGAGGAUUCAAUCCAGACUCCCAGAAAUAUACUUAUAAAGAAAGUUAUUCUAUUGUAGUCAUGCCAGAUUUUAAAACUAUUCCUUAUCCAAAAGAUGAUUUGCCAAAGCAAGUAAAAGACUCAGUGGAAGCUAUUUUGAAAGCAGAAUCUGCUUUGAAAAUUGCUGAAAAAGCUGCUCAUAGUGGCACUUGGGAUGGAGAAACAAGACAAAUAACUAAACACAUAAGUCUACCUCAGCUUGAUAAUGGCAAGAAAAUUCCACCAAAUGGAUGGAAAUGUGAGGAAUGUGAUCUAACUACAAAUCUAUGGUUGAAUUUGACUGAUGGUUCGAUUUUGUGUGGGAGGAAGUUUUAUGAUGGAACUGGUGGUAACAAUCAUGCUGUGGCACAUUAUCAAAAGUGUAAAUACCCUUUAGCAGUCAAGUUAGGAACUAUAACUAGAGAUGGAAAAGGAGAUGUUUACUCGUAUGAUGAAGAUGAUAUGGUUGAAGAUCCUAAUUUAGCUCUUCACUUGUCACAUUGGGGAAUCAACUGUGCCCAUAUGGAAAAGACAGAGAAAUCGAUGGUGGAAUUGGAGUUGGAAUUGAAUCAAAAGUUUGGGGAAAUGAUAGCUAUGCAGGAGGGGAAUAAUCAACUCACACCUCUUUAUGGCCCUGGUUUGACUGGACUAGUAAAUUUAGGAAACUCAUGUUAUUUGAAUAGUGUUAUGCAAAUGUGUUUCACAAUUCCUGAUUUCAUAGAGCGGUUUGUGAAUAAAGCAGAUGAGAUUUUUGAUCAAAAUAUAUCAGAUGCACCAAAUGAUUUUAAUACUCAAAUGGCAAAAUUAGGUAUUGGUUUAUGUUCUGGAAAAUAUUCUGAACUUCCAACAUCAGGUAUAAAUGAUAAUCGCCAAGGAAUAUCUCCAAGAAUGUUUAAAACCUUAGUGGGACGUGGUCAUGGCGAAUUUAUGUCAAACCGACAACAGGACGCUCAAGAAUUCUUCUUGCAUUUGAUUAAUUUACUAGAUAGAAACAGUCGUCAUCAAGUUAAUCCAGCUGAUUGCUUCAAGUUUAAAAUUGAAGAACGUUAUCAAUGCAGUUCUGGAAAAGUUAAAUAUACGUCAAAGCCAGAGUAUCUUCUACCUGUGCCUAUCUCUAUGGAUUCAGUAAUAAAUAAGGAAGAAGUUGCUGCUUAUGAAGCAGAAAAGAGUCAGUCAGGAGAAGACAAGAAUAAAUUUGAUCUUAAUAUUGUGAGGCCACGACUUAAAUUGCGCUCUUGCUUAGAAAGUUUUGCCAGAGUAGAAACUGUUGAGCAAUUUUACAGCUCGGCCUUGAAUGCAAGAACAACUGCCACGAAAACUACAAGACUAGCUUCUUUCCCUGAUUACCUUUUAUUGCAUUUGAGAAAAUUCACUGCCAAAGAAGAUUGGACUCCUGUUAAAUUAGAUGUUGCUGUUGACAUGCCAGAUAUUAUCGAUUUAGAAUUUUUGAGGAGCAAAGGUUUACAGCCUAAUGAAGAAUUGUUACCAGAAACCAAUAUUGCACCACCCCCUCCCGUUUACGAUAAGAACAUUCUUACUCAGCUAAGUGACAUGGGUUUUCCUCCAGAGGCUUGUAAAAAAGCAUUGUAUUUCACUCAAAAUAGUGGAAUGGAUGCAGCUACCCAAUGGCUUAUGGAGCAUAUUUCAGAUGAAGACUUUUCAGAUACAUUUAUUCCUCCUGGAACAGAAAGAAUUAAUACAAGCGCUGAUGCAUUUACACCUCGUCCUGAUGCUUUGGAAAUGGUGAUGGCCAUGGGAUUCACGAAGGAACAGGCAACCAAAGCUCUGAAAGCUACAGAUAAUAAUUUGGAACGUGCUGCAGAUUGGAUAUUUAGUCAUCAAGCUGAACUUGAUGGUCAGUGCAUGGAAGUCGACGAACAACCUCCAGAACCAUCUUACCGAGACGGACCAGGAUCUUACAAACUAGUGGGAUUUAUUACUCACAUGGGUACGUCAACUAUGGUUGGGCACUAUGUCUGUUACUUAUUCAAAGAUGGAAAGUGGGUCAUUUUUAAUGAUGAAAAAGUAUUUUUAUCUGAAAAACCAGCGAAAGAACUAGGUUACAUAUAUUUGUACCAACGCCUCGAUAAGAAUUAGUUACAACAAUAUAACGCUUGUUUUUUGUAUAAAUAAUUUUAUUGCUUUUCUAUAACUAAAAUAAAACAAGUGAUUAAACGAGUGUUAUUUUCUAAAAUAAGAUUUCUACAAUUUUUGUAUAUACUUUUUAAAAAUGAAUAAA